CCGCAUCCACAUUUCGCAGGCUCUCUCUCUCUCUCUCUCUCAGUCCGACUCACCCAGCUGCACCGCACCGCUCCAUCCUUUCGUCUCUCAGAGUUCCUUCUCAUCGACAACCAUGUGUGACAAGGGAGUAAAAUCCUGCCCCAUAUGCACUGAGGAGAUGGACUUGACUGAUCAGCAAUUAAAGCCUUGCAAAUGUGGCUAUGAGAUCUGUGUCUGGUGUUGGCAUUACAUUAUGGAAAUGGCUGAAAAGAAUGGAACUGAGGGCCGAUGUCCUGCUUGUCGUACAACUUAUGACAAGGAACGAAUUGUGGCCAUGGCAGCAAACUGUCAAAGAUUGGUGGCUGAAAUGAAUUUAAAGGAAAAAAAGAAAAUGCAGAAGUUAAAACCCAAAGCAUCAGACGGAAGGAAACAUCUUAGUGAUGUUAGAGUCAUUCAACGCAAUUUAGUGUACAUAAUUGGGUUGCCUCUUAACCUUGCAGAUGAAGAUCUGCUUCAGCGUAAGGAGUAUUUUGGCAGGUAUGGAAAGGUUUUGAAAGUGUCUAUCUCUCGAACAGCAACAGGAGUAGUCCAACAUACAGCAAACAACAGCUGUUGUGUGUACAUAACUUACUCAAAGGAGGUUGACGCUGUUCGAUGUAUUCAAUCAGUACAUUGUUUUGUGUUAGAUGGUAAAUCACUGAGGGCUUGUUUUGGAACCACAAAGUAUUGCCAUGCAUGGUUGAGAAAUUUGGCUUGCAGUAAUAGAGAUUGUUUAUAUUUGCAUGAUUAUGGCUCUCAAGAAGAUAGCUUUACCAAGGACGAACUAGUUUUAGCAUUUGCUAGGAGUAGAAUUCAACAAAUUAUUGGUGCUACAAACAAUUUGCAUCGGCGCUCGGGUAACGUCUUACCUCCCCCAGUCGAUGAUCCUAGACAUAUGUUACCAGCUUCCAGAUCAGUUGCCAAAAAUCCUUUAGACAAAAUGGAGAACCAGGUUAAGGUAUCUUGCUCAAGUAGUGGCACUGGGAAUAAUACAGCACUCCCUUCAGUGACCUCGUGGGUUAUGCGAGUGUCUGGCACUCUGCCACCACACACAAGCACACAAAAUUCUGGUAGUUCUCUGAACAGAAAAGUUGAGGUGUCCAAUGAUCCUCAAGCCAUUGUGUCUGGAGUUUCUAGCGCUGAAAGGUUGACUCUUAACACAAGAACAUCAGGUGGAGUUGCAUUUGAUGCACAUUCUAGUGCUUUGUUGGAAUCAUUAGACUUUAACAAGCGUGAUAUUGAGGGAACCAUGCAAACCCAUCAGUCAUAUGUGACUAAAGCAGGUGUUGUGGAGAAACUUCCUUCUGAUGGAAUGUCUAACCAUGGAACAUCUCUGGCAGUUACAGCAGGUGAUGGUCUAGGUGAGGUAUCUCCUGCCAGCAGAGGCUUUGUAGAGUUUUCCCAAUCUUGUGAUCUGAACAUGGACAGAGUGUUUAGCCAUAAUUCAAAUCAUGAUGUUAAGGGAUUGUGCUCAGGAUUGUCUUCACUUAGCAUUCAUAGUCAUGUUGAAGAUACAUGUUGCACUCCUGGUUCAGACAAUAUUGGUUUUACUAAUAAUUCUAUUGGUUCAUUUGGAAGGCAGCAUAUGAUGGAAGAAAACCAAUAUUCUGCUGAACAGUCCACCUGGCCAGCUUUGUGGGAAGAAAUUAUAGUGGAUGACCUACUGAACUUAGAUUGUGAGCAACCAAAAUGCAGUAAAGGCUUCAAUAAUCUAUCAUCUGGGAUUUCUUUACCUGGUUUGCCUCUGAAUCUUGAACAAUCGAGCCAUCAAGUUUGGCAGCAAGAUAAGGUUGGUCACCACAGUCAACCGGGCAAACUUUCUGACUAUUUUGAUAAUGGGACAGGUUUUGAUGAUAAAGUUUCUCCAGAUAUGGCAGAGAGCAGCAUUAUAUCAAAUAUUUUGUCUUUGGAAAUGGAUGCAUGGGAAGAUUCGUUUGUUAAGUUGUUAGGUGAAAGUGAUGAACAAUGCACAUCAUCAAAAGCACCGGUUUCAUGGAAAGUUCAUGACAAGAAUCAGUCAAGGUUUUCGUUUGCCAGACAGGAUGAGUUUUUCAAUGAGGUUUCUGAUUUUGAGCAUAAAUUUGCGGUUGUAGGGCAUGCUCCUAGUAAGUGUUUUUCACCAGGUGGUUUAAUGGAAAAUGAGGAUGCUUUGACUGGGAAAGGCAGACAUGUUUUGCCAUUAAGCAGCCCUGUAGAUAGCCAUGUUGGCAGUCAGUCCUUCCUUUCAUCUACACGUUCUGUGUCAAAUGCUCAUUCUUCAAUGCCGCCUGGAUUUCCGGUGUCUAGCAGAAUACCUCCUGGAUUUUCAUGUGGGAGAGUGGGAAAGAAUUGUAAUACUUCUGUGAGCCGAUUGCAAGGGCAAUAUGUUCCUCCAUCUGGACAUGUUGGCAGGUUUAGAGAUGAAGUUAGUGAUCCGGCAACAUUGGAUUUUAGUGAAGGGAAGCUAGCAGAAAAGCUGAACAAUGCAUCUCUUGACCUGAGGCAAUCUUUUCUCCCACAAUUUAACCCUGAUGAAGAUGAUGCUAGGCUUAAGUUGUUAAUGCAGCAGUCACAGAAUUUGAGAUUCUCACACUAUGUUGGGGACAGAUUUUCUCCUCAAAAUGAUUCAUAUAUAACUCCUUUAAAGCUUCCUGAUCAAUUCCAACCCAACAAUCCUUCAAUUUACCAGCAACUUAACUCCCAGCAGUUCAAUACUAAUAUGCUUUCAUCAAGUAGCCUGUGGGAUGGUUGGAAUGAUUCUUGGAACUAUAGUGGUCUGGGUAUGUCGGAGGUUUUGAAUGAUGGGCGACUGUUACAUAACAACUUCAUCUCUAAUUAUGAGAAUAUCAAGUUUUGAACACAUUCUUUUGAUGAACUGCCUUGAGAGGAUUCAAAUAUUAUAUUGAAACCAUGCCCCUACCUAAUUUUGAUUAUGUAAAGGUAUCCAUGUUGUGGCUUGUCCUGUUCAGAUAUUCAUAACCAAGAAAUAUUGAAUUCUCUUUCAAAUUCCUAUCGAGCACGUGAGGGACGAUCUGCAUGAUCAAGUGAAUGAAAAAAAGAUGUGAGGUGCUACAGAAAGGGUUCUCUUUUCAGCUUUGGAUCCCCGUAUCCAAAAAUCCGAUUCCCCUGACACUAGUGGAUUAUGAUAGACGUCAUGGUGCUCAUUCUUGGCCUCAGGUGCUUAAUUUCAUUAGCAACCACGUGUCUGGUUCUCUCUUUUAUAAAGGUGUGCAAGACAGAUGGCAACUUGGGGAUGGAAACCGGUUCUUUCUUUUCAGGUUACAUGUCUGGAGGAUUCACUAGUUCUUCAAGGUGGUUAUGUCAUGCUGGGUCAGGCUUUUGGUCAUUGUCCUUUAUGGAACAUGAGAUAGAGAACUACUGUAGUCCGAGUUGGAGUUUAUGUCUGGGACCGACAAGGUUAAGUUGGUUGACGUGAAGCUUUCGUUUUUGUUGAUGCCAACCUUCAGUCGCUCUUGAUCCGCGUUUGGAAGUUGCAUGUCUGGUUCAGGCUUGGAAGUAGGCGGAUAUGGAAAUUUUUCUCUUGCUCUGUCCGAGUGAAGGGGAAGUUGUUACUAGAUUGAAUUGGAUUAUACAAAAUUGUGAGAGAUCUCGAUGAUAACCUGUUCGUAUGUGUAGCAAUAAAACCAUUUCAGUAUUUCCAAACUAAUUUACAGCUGUUCUAUAAAAGGGAGGUAGGUGACUUCCAUGUGAA